AUGACUAGCCGCCGAAUUGCCGUCAUUGGUGCCACCGGUGCUCAGGGUCUGCCAGUCUGUCGCGGCCUCACCAAAGAUGGCGGCUACAGUCUCCGAGUUUUGACUCGAGACGCUAAGUCGACACGAGCACAGGAGCUAGCCAAGCUCGGAGAUGUCGAAUUCGUCGAGGGGACGUUUGCCAAUGAAAAUGACCUCCGGAAGCUCUUCACAGGAUGCUGGGGGGCAUUUGUCAAUAUCGAUGGCUUCAACUGCGGCGAAAAGACAGAGACUUACUGGACAAUCCGGGCAUACGAGCUGGCGAUAGAGACAGGCAUCAAGUUUUUCGUCUUUGGAAACCUUGACUAUGUUUAUAAGAAGAGCGGCUACGACCCCAAGUUUCGAUGCGGACACUAUGACGGCAAAGGCCGCAUGGCAGAGUGGAUGCUCCAACAGCGAAAGAGCAACGACAUGGGCGUCGCCAUCUUCACCACAGGCCCAUAUAUCGAAAUGGCCAUAUCGUCCAAGACAAUCAUGACGCCGAGGGUGGAAAAUGGCGUCGUAACCUGGAGGGUUCCUCUUGGCGACGGCGCAGUGCCGCAUGUAGCGCUCGAUGACUGCGAAUACUACGCUCGCUGGCUCUUUGACCACCCAGAGAGAUCUGAUGGCAUGGAUCUUGAGGUGGCCAUUGACCACGUUUCUUACGCAGAUCUUGCUGCAGCUUUUCAAAAAGCGACAGGGAAGCCGGCUCAGUACAUUGACACGCCGGUGAGCGUGUACUUUGCCCAUAUACCCAUUUCCGACGAGCCCGCCGGGUAUAACGCCGACCCCGCCGAUCCAGCUACGAUGUCAUUCAAGGACAACUUCACUGGCUUCUGGACUAUGUGGGCGCAUUCCGGAGGCAACAAGGGAGUCAUCAAGAGGGACUAUGCAUUGUUAGACGAAAUUCACCCAAACAGAAUUAGGACGGCGGAGGAGUUCUUCCGCAGGGAGAAUGCGAAACGUCAUGCUGCAGGUCUCAAGGACCUGUUUGAAGACAUUGAGACCAAUAAUCUGGCGUCAGUUUUGAAGCUUGGUGAUGAUAACAGACAGGGAAAGUUGUAA